AUGACAAGGGACAGCAAAUUAUCUUUAAGGAAUUUGAAAAGGGAGCCAACAUCAAUAUAUGACUUAUCAGAUGAUAAUCUCAGUGAGAUAUUCUUUAGACUGCCGGUGAGAGUUCUUUUGUGCUGCCAAUGUGUGUGCAAACGCUUUAGCAAAGUGAUCACCGAUCCAAAAUUCAGAAAAAUCCAUGUUAAUCGAGCCAUGGCUUCCAACACCACUUCUUUUUGUUUGGUUCAUCUUAUUGUAAGUGAUUUAAGUGAUAUAUGUGGCAGUGUUGAGAAUUUCAAACAUCGAUAUGAUCACAUUCUUCUCGAGAAGACGCAAUUUUCUGCAUCCUUUUCUUAUCUGAGGCUCAGCAACCCCUUAAUAUCUGACAUCUCUAUAGUAGGUAGCAGUAACGGUCUUGUGUGCGCUCAACUUAAGUCCCUCGGGGAUCAAAGUGAAUCAAACAUGUUGAUCUGGAACCCUGUUACAAGAGAAAAUCGAUUUGUUGCUGAACCAAAGAGGCAUUCCCGGCCCACCAAGCAAAAGCGGUGGUUUAAAACUUUUCAUGCUCUUGCAUUUGGUUUCACACCCGGAACCAAUGAUUACAAAGUGGUCAGAAUCACUUCUUGUAAGGAGCCCGGUGAAGCUAGAGACAUUAAACUGGAGAUUUUUAACAUGAGUACUGACAAGUGGAGUGCAUACCAGAUAAAAACUCUGCAAUGUCGUGAGACCGAUCAUAUGCCCCCGCAGGUCGAUCCCUCUAUACUCUUAAAUAUGAUUCGGUCCCACAAUACCCCGUGUUUAAAAGGGGCAUUUCAUUGGCUUUGUGAUUCGUCACUAGGUGCAAGGGGGAAUGAUACAGCAAUCUUGUCAUUUGGCCUUGAAGAAGAGCAAUUGAGAUUGUUCACAGUGUUGGAUUCUAAUAAAAUUCCUCAUCUGAAGUCUGGGAAGCUAGAUUGUAUGAAUGAAUCGCUAUCAGUGAUUGUUCCUUAUUAUUCAAGUAAUUGCCCAAUCAUUGAUAUAUGGGUGAUGAAUGACUAUGGGGAUCGGAACUCCUGGAUUAAGAUGUACUCUGUCGAUCAGUUUCAAGGACUUGGAAUGGAGCCAAUAGGAUACUGGAAAGAUGAUCUCUUCCUGAUGGCCAAUUUGGCGAUGAAAGAUGGAUAUUUAUGCUUGUAUAACCUCAGAAACCAAGAAAUGAAGCCCUUCCCAGUUCAGUGGCAUUUCUACACUGCUGCUUUUUAUGAUUAUGUUGAAACAUUUGAAACAGUCAGACGGGCGAUUGCAACUACAGCGGAGGCUGUCUAG